AUGAAGUCACAGCUUUACGAUAGGUCAAUCGCCAAGCACGGGUUGAAACUGUUGAAUAAGGCCGGUCAGAGGUUUGUGGCUGGAAUUAUUCGACGUCUUUGCUGCGGAAUCAAUCUCAGCAACUGGGUGCUCUUUUACUUCAUUCUGUUAUAUGUGGCUUUCUUGGCCCUGGGUGCUGUGGGGUUCUCCUACUUCGAAGAGCCCGUGGAACGCGAACUACAGCGUCAACUGGAUUUUGAUAUUAGGUCCUUCACAUCUGGACAUCUCGGCUGCAUCAAUGAAACCGCUUUGGCUCUUCUGCUGGAGAGAAUCAUACUGGCCCACAACCGUGGUGUUUCUCCUCAUUUCAAUACUACCACCGAACCAAACUGGAGCUUCGGUCAAGCGUUCUUCUUUUCUGGUACUGUUGUUACCACCAUCGGUUACGGACAUGUCACUCCGUUGUCGCGUGAAGGCAAGCUGUUCUGCAUAUUUUACGCUGCCAUUGGGAUCCCACUGACGUUUACCCUCUUCGCGGCGCUGGUGGAGCGCUUGUUAAUCCCGUUGAACCGUUGGCAAACAUUGUUGGCGCUCCGACUGCCGGGGUGCUCCAUGCAGCUUGUCCGAAUUAUCCAUGUCACCAUCUUGGGCAUUGUGGUGCUAGUCUUCGUGUUCAUGUUGCCAGCAUUGGCCUUCUACGCCGUUGAACCAGGAUGGGACUUCCUUGACUCUCUUUAUUACUGUUUCAUAUCCCUGACCACCAUCGGCCUUGGGGAUUUUGUGCCUGGUGAUGCCCCCAACCAGGUCUACAGGGCAUUCUACAAGAUAGUAGCUAUGUUGUACCUUCUGGUCGGACUGACGUUCUUGAUGCUGUUCAUUGAGGUGUUCAUCAGCAUUCCUGGAUUCAACCUUGCCACUUUCUUGUCGCGGGCAAAAUACAGCACCGAAGAGCCGGAGGAAACGAACGAUGUCAUUGAAGAAACCUGCGCUGGUAGCAUCAAAUCACGAGUCUCCAUCUCCAACGGACCGGACAUGGCGAAAGCCAAUCAGACUAAAGCCAGCACCGUCGAGGCUGACUUGGAGAGGCUGCCGAUUACCUACAAUCGUGGUACACCGAGGAAACCGAGGUUGGCUUUCAAAUGGAGACGGAUGGUGAAAAGCCCGUCAAGACGACCAAAUGAGGACACGAAAUCGCCGGCCGCCGCCGCCAGACGGGGAACGGAGGCGGCCGGGAUAGACGCCGUUGCUUUACGGCGUUCGACAUGGAAGAAUCUCUGACUUCGAAGACUUCCCCCAAAGGCGCUUCAAAAACUCGAAUGAAUGAAAAUGAUUGUCUUGAUGUCGGCUCACAGGACUCAGCUCUGUCAGAGACGAAGUUGUAAUCUAAAUUAAAUUUUUGAUGUACGAGGCAUUCCCUUUCUAUGAAGUAAUCGUCUUCGAUUAUUCAUCAACGGAAAAGGUUCUUCGGAAUCCUGGGAUGCCUCAUAGAUGUCUUGCGCCUUGAAGGUGAAAAAAAAUCUUCACGUUGAAUCCCACUGGAGAUUCGUCGUGUGCUGUUUUGUGUCGCUUGAAAGAUUGUGCUCUAUUGAUGUCAGAAAUCUUGAUGUCGAAAAUUUGCCGCUGCGUGUGCAUUAUGUGUCAGCUCAUCUUCAUUGAGGAAGUUAAAGAUGUGGAAAAUCAUGACUGGAUUUGCCGUUAGUAACGGCUGUAAAUGUUUCGCACGCAUUAGACCCGCGAUGAAAUUCUGUGGAGGGCAAAAUUAAAUGAGCGUUGUGUUCAGCGGACUGUUUUAUUUAUGCCGUUUGUGCUUCGACUGUGUUAUCCUUGUUUUGCAGCUUGAUUAAAUUGUGUUGAAUUACU